AUGCGAUCACUUGGAAUCAUAGCAUUAUUUGCUAUACUCAGCGUCUAUGCUAAAGAGAAUUGCCCUCUAUAUGGCUUAGGAUAUCCAAAACCUACCGACCUUCUUGCUCAACCGGGCGUCCAGAAGGCGGCAAGCUCUCUAGACUCGGUUUUUGCACAAUACAUCGACAAUUCUAACAAGACGAAAUCAGAUCGAUUCUCCUAUUCGGUUGAAGUGUUUUCCGCUGACGACGAUGAACCGUUGUGGUCGCAUCACUGGACUGCGACUAACUUAAAAACUCUCAACUCGACAGGAGUUAAAAAAGUAGAUGGUAAUACCGUAUACAGACUUGGAAGUGUUACCAAGAUAUUUACUAUCUUGACGUUCCUCGCUGAAGCGGGCGAUAUUAUGUGGAAUGAGCCUAUUACUAAAUACAUUCCGGAAAUAAAGGCGAUGGUCACUGACGCCGACACUUCUCAUUCAAUUUCAAAGCCAGACUGGGACUCUAUCACAAUUGGGUCAUUGGCAAGUCAAAUGUCAGGCCUUGUUAGAGACUACGCUUUAUUAGGUGAACUCACACAAGGAUCAAACGCCACGCGGGCAGCUUCAAUUGGAUUCCCCGUCUUAGAGAAUGCGGAAAUACCUCCCUGUGGUAACAGGCCAGUAUGCAAUAGAACACAAUUCUUCCAAGGUCUUAGUAUACUUCCCCCAUCAUUUUCACCAUUCGUUACGCCAGCAUACUCGGACAUCGGUUAUACACUCCUCGGAUAUGCCCUGGAACAGAUGACAGGGAAAUGGUUCGGCAAGAUAGUCCAGGACAGGGUUAUCAAGCCCCUUGGUUUGAAUCAUACUUUCUACACAACUCCCGCGGAUUCCCUCGGGAUUAUACCAGGUGGUCGCUAUCAAACGAAUUGGGCCUUUAACAUGGGCAAUGAGUCGCCCACCGGCAAUAUGUAUACAUCUUCCUCGGAUUUAUCCCGAGUCGGCAGAGCCAUAUUAAGAUCUACUCUUCUACCACCAUCUAUGACGAGGAGAUGGCUUAAGCCCAUUAGCUUUAGCUCGGAUCCAAAAUCUAGCGUAGGCGCACCGUGGGGUGUACGCCAGCUUCAAUUUUCUAAAGAUUCACCUUACCAAUUCGCAACCACGUUCAACAAAGCAGGAAGUCUAGGGAGGUAUAGCACUUUGCUAGCUAUCAUCCCAGACUUCAAUAUCGGAUUCUCUAUCUUGGCCGCUGGCGAUGUUCCCGCGAGUUUACCUAUGGAUAUAGCAGACACGUUGUCAAAUACUUACCUCCCAACCAUGGUGAACACGGCACGCAUCCAGGCGAAUGCGCUCUAUAGUGGAACAUAUAAGGACCCUAAUUCUGCGGUGAAUUCAUCUUUAAGCAUCGUGGUUGACAGUAAAACUCCCGGUCUUAGUCUAAAUUCGUGGAUCAGCAAUGGAACAAACUUGUUAUGGUAUUCUGUAGCCAUGAGCCGAAACGUAACCAAGGAUUAUUGGAACCAAAUUCGGCCAAGCGCUCGACUUUAUCCAACUGGGUUAUGGGAUGCGACAUCUGACGGAGGGAAAAGAGUUGCGUUCAAGGCAAUAUUCGAGGACCUAAGCUUGCCCAACGCUUCGAAACCUUUUACGACGGACUGCUCGACUUGGGUCAGCGUCGCAGGGAUUAUGUACGGCUCCAAACCCUUGGACCAAUUCAUCUUUAACAUCAACGCCGCCGGGAAUGUGACGAGCAUUGAGAAUGCUGCAUUAAGGAAUAGACUAGAGAAGGUAGCAUAA